UUAUGAAGAUUAUGCUAAAUUACCCGAUUUUACAUGGGAAGAAAUUAAUGAACGAGUUCAACAUGGGGCUUAUUUGGUUGUUUGCGAUGGACUUGUAGUAGACAUUCGCAGUUUUUGUGAUGCCCACCCAGGUGGAAGUAAAGUAUUAUUGCAC